CUCUCCUCUCUCCUCUCUCCAGUGUGCACGGGUCAGUACCGAUGCCCUGAAGACAGUCAGUGUCUGGAUUAUUACAAGGUGUGUGAUCACCACCAGGACUGCCUCAAUGCAACCGAUGAAGAAAACUGCACUGCUGGUGUCGAAUGCACAGAGUUGACGUACCGCUGUGCCGACGGCAGCUGCAUUAAGAAGCCCAACCCGGAGUGCGACUUCAUUGCAGACUGCAAGGACUCCUCGGACGAGACUCACUGCGACUGUGGGCUCCAGCAUGUCUCCAGCCGGAUUGUGGGCGGGGCCGACUCCAUCGAAGGGGAGUGGCCUUGGCAAGCCAGCCUGCAGGUCAGAGGUCAGCACCUGUGCGGGGGGGCUCUGAUCUCGGAUCGCUGGGUCGUGUCGGCGGCUCACUGUUUCCAGGACGACAGCCUGGCCUCUGCCUCAGUGUGGACGGUCUACCUGGGAAAGCUUCGCUUGAACAGAAGCAGUAAGAGUGAGCAGCCCUUCACAGUGAGGGCGAUCGUGCCUCACCAUUACUACGACGAGGAGUCCCACGAUUACGACCUGGCCCUGCUGCAGCUGGACCGCCCCGUCGCCGUGACGACCCUGGCGCAGCCCGCCUGCCUCCCAGCCCGCACGCACCACUUCGACCCCGGCUUCAGGUGCUGGGUGACCGGCUGGGGGGCCGCCGGAGAGGGGGGCCCCACCAGUAACGUGCUUCAGAAGGUUGACGUUUCUUUGAUCACUCAGGAUAUCUGCAACCAAUCAUAUCGCUACAAUAUAUCUCCCAGGAUGCUCUGCGCUGGAUACCCAGACGGAAAGAAAGACGCCUGUCAGGGAGACUCAGGGGGCCCGCUGGUUUGCAAAGAGCCAAACGGACGCUGGUUCCUGGUGGGAGUGGUCAGCUGGGGGGUCGGUUGCGGCCGGCCCAAUUUUUACGGCGUUUACACACGGAUCACCAAGAUGGUGGACUGGAUCGACGAGGUCACUUCCUGAAAUGAUUCGAGGAUCAACACCACGCCCCCCAAAAGAAUCCUCUGAGCCCCACCCCUCCCAUGUGUAUCUACAGAGCUGGGAAUCAGACUCCUAUUGCAUAGCAGCGUGAUCCAGUCCAGGUUUCAC